AUGAACGGCGCGUCCCUGCACGCGUUCACCCCCUCAUCCCUGAUGGACUCGGACGACGACUUUACAGGCUACGGAGAAGCGCAUACACGCCGACCUACUACAUCAUCACGGCCUACGUCGAAGAGCGCCCGUCCCCCUGCUGCUACCAACAACGCCCGCCCAGGCCCAUCCCAGCCCUCACGGCACGUUCCCCCUCAAGAAGAAGAAGAAGAGGACGAGGCCGAACCAGUUCCCAUGGUUCGACCUAGGAAACAGCUGGUUACUGGUACUGCGAGGAAGACGGUCCCUUCUACUACUGGGGCGGGAAGGGGGAGGCCAAAGCAUGCAGAUUCUGAGGAAGAGGAAGAGGAGCAUCGUGCACGACCGAACUCGCACAGUCAGGUGAAGGUCGAGUCUGAUCUCAGGCGAAAGCUGGACGAGGUCACGAAACAGCGAGAUACGUACGCGCAACAGUUUGAUGAGCUCGUGCGGUUGAAGGGUACUGAGCAAGAGAAGAUCUUUGCCGACUACAAGCGUGCGGCGGAGGAUCGAGCCAAGGAUCAAGCGAGGCUCACCGCCCAGCUGCAGCAGCAGAUCGCAACGCUUCAGGAAGCCAAUCGGCGAGGUCAUACGCUUCCCAUCCCGCUCGUGGUAGAUCCUACGCUGGAGAGACGCCGUGAGCAGGAGAGAGAGGAAUGGGAGGCUAAGGAACGGGAGUGGGUAAGGAGAGAGGAGGAACUCAAGACGCAGCUUGCGGAGAGCCAGGCUACGCUUCUGCGCCUACGGGAAGACCGCCCGAUCCAGCCUGCCAUACCUGGUCAUACGCUGCGCGCCGGCGUCCCACCCUCGACCCCGAGCGGUAAGCACGGCGCAGGUCCGACGAAGAACAGUAUUGUCGUGUGCCUGUAUGAAGACCUGACCAACCUGCUGGUGACGAAGUGUACGAUCGAGAUGGGCCAGUAUGGCGAGGAGCAUAAUUUCGUCUGUGUGCUUACUAGUCAUGGGAAGAGCCUGCAAUUCUCUCUUCGCACCUUCAGAGUCCUCAAAGACCCUCCAGAGCCAAAAGACCCCUACAACGAGAAAGUGAUCUAUAACCCGCUCGAGCUCGACAAGGAGACGGACCGGGAAUGGGUAGAGAGACUGGAUUUCCUCCGGGACCAGUUUACAUUUGACCGCGAGCAGAUGAACGUUUUUCUUGCUACGGCGCAUAAUAAGAUGGAUUGGGAUGAGACGAAGAUGGAGGAGGAGGAUGAUUAGGUGUUGGGGGAUGAGGGAUGAGGGCUUGGUUGUUCUGGUUUGUGUAGUUGUAGAGAUAAUGUGCUUGAUUAUUU